AUGGAAGAACAACCACAAAAUGGCACUGCUGCUGGUCACCCUGAAGUCAAUUCGGUUAAGGAACCAGCGAUUCUGGAGACUCCUGAAGACGUGCGUAACAGAAGAAACCAGGUUCUUGACCGCUAUGCUGCCUUCAAAGAGGCUACAGAUGAGCGUCGUCGUCGACUAGAGGACGCCAAAAAGUAUCAGUACUUCAAGCGCGAUGCUGAUGAACUUGAGAAUUGGAUUCAGGAAAAGCUGCAAACUUACAGCAGUGAAGACUAUAAGGAUCUCACAAACCUUCAGAGCAAGAAGCAGAAGCAUCAGGCUCUCGAGUUGGAAGUCAACGCCCACUUUGAGAAUCUAAACUCUCUCGACGGCGGUGGUGAAGAAAUGAUUUCUCAGCACCAUUAUGCUUCGGAAAUCAUUCGAGGCAUCUUAGAUGAACUGCAUGCACUCUGGGAGAAGCUCAUGGCUAUGUUCAUGCAGAAAGCCCGUCUUCUUAACCUCACUCUUGAAUAUGUCAACUAUCUACGUCGAGUUGAUGAAAUUCUCUUUUGGAUUCGUGAAAAGGAGGCAUUUGUCACCUCCGAGGAAUUUGGUCAAGAUCUAGAACACGUGGAGGCUCUCCAAAAAAAAUAUGAUGAAUUCAUGAAGGAUCUGGAGUACCAAGAGGGUCGUGCAAUGGAGAUUUACGCCAAGGCCGAUGAACUGCUGAAGGAGGAGUUUCCAGAAGAGGCACUGGUUAUUGAGAAGAAAACGGAGGUUCGUGAGGCUCUCGAUCGUCUCAAGGAACUUGCAAGAAAGCGGCAGAAUAAGCUUUAUGAGGCACACGAGAUUCAACGUUUCUUUCGGGAAACGGACAAAGCCAUCUCGUGGCUCAAUGAGAAGUCAAUUCCCCUCGCAAUCGAGGACUGUGGCCGCGACCUCGUCUCCGUGCAGGCUCUACAGCGCAAACAUGAAGCUCUUGAGCGUGAUUUGGCAGCCCUGGAGGACAAAGUCUCCCAGCUCAGUACCGACGCUGAAGCGCUCUCCGAAAGGCACCCCGAUUCGAAGGAUACGAUCCAGGAGAAGCGUAAUACGCUCACAACAGCUUGGCAGGAUCUCAAGGCCAAAUCUGGAGACAGGCGCGCGAAGCUGGAGGAAUCCUUCCUCUUGCAUCGUUUUCUUGCCGACUGGCGUGAUCUCACUCUGUGGAUUGCGGACACCAAGGCCAUCAUCUCGGCCGACAAGUUAGCCAAAGAUGUGGCGGGUGCCGAGGCUCAAGUAGAACGCCACAACGAGCACAAGGGUGAAAUCGAUUCACGCGAGGAUGCCUAUAGGUCCUGCAUGGAGGAAGGUCAACGUCUUGUUGAUAUGGGCCACCCGACAAGCGCAGAUGUUGUCAAGAAGAUGAACACUCUGCAGAAUGAGCGUGAUUCUCUGCUUGAACUCUGGGAGGCUCGUCGUGUUCAGUUUGAGCAGUGUAUGGACCUCAUGCUCUUCUUCCGUGAUACUGAACAGGCUGAAGCCUGGAUCGCCAAGCAGGAGGCUUUCCUUGAAAACAAGGAUGUUGGUGAUUCGUUAGAUGCGGCUGAAGCUCUCAUGCGGAAGCAGGAGGACUUUGAAAAGUCUCUGACAGCUCAGGAAGAGAAAAUCAGAAAUUUGGAAGCGUUUGCGGACAAACUGAUCGCCGGAAAUCAUUAUGCCUCUCCAGAGGUGGCUGAGCGCCGUGAAUCUCUGCUGCAACGUCGAACUGCUCUUCAAGACAAGGCCGCCCUUCGCCACCAGCAGUUGGUAGACUCGCAUCGCUACCAGAUGUUUGAUCGCGAUGCUGACGAAAUGAAAGCAUGGAUUAUGGAGAAGCUGAAAACUGCUACCGACGAAAGCUACAAGGAUCCAACCAAUCUGCAAACUAAGGUACAAAAACACCACAAUUUUGAGUCUGAAAUCAACGCAAAUCGAUCACGAAUGGACGAGGUGAAGAAAAUGGGUACUGACUUGAUUGACGGGCAACACUACAAAUCUGAUGACAUAAGGGCACGCAUCGGUGAGCUGGAUGAUCUAUGGCUCCAACUUCUCGACGCUAUGGCAAAAAAGGGCAAAAAUUUAGAGCAGGCCAACAAUCAGCAGCAGUUUGUGCGCAAUGUUGAAGAUGUGGAGCUCUGGCUCUCCGAAGUGGAGGCCAAACUGGCUUCGGAUGACCAUGGAAGAGAUUUGAACAACGUGAUUAACAUUCAGAAGAAGCACAACCUCCUUGAAUCAGAUGUGCAGUCACACCGUGAUCGUAUCUGCGCGUUCCGGGAUCAGGUGGAGAAGUUUAAACAGGAGGGUCACUACGACGCCCCGAUUCUAGAACAAAAGCAGCAGCAAGUAAUGGCUCGUUACGAGGCCCUUGCGAAGCCGCUGAAAAGUAAGCGAGCUCGUCUAGAUGACGCCUACAGGUUACAUCAAUUCUACCGCGAUGUAGAGGAUGAAGAGGAUUGGAUUCGGGAAAAGGAGCCUGUUGCUGCUUCAAAUAAUGUUGGUCGUGACUUGAUUGGCGUACAGAACCUGAUCAAGAAACAUCAGGCCGUGUUAGCUGAAAUCGCAGGCCAUGAACCACGCAUCCAAGAUGUCUACCAGACCGGCGAGAAUAUGGCUCAACAAGGUCACUUCGCCUCAGAGGAGAUUAGAAAACGAAUCGCGGGUCUCAACUCGGUUUGGGAAGACUUGCGCCAGAAGGCUGAAAACCGACGCAAAUUACUGGAUGAUUCACUUCAGGCUCAGCAGUACUUUGCGGACGCUAGUGAAGCUGAGAGCUGGAUGCAUGAAAAAGAGCCUCUUGUAGACUCUAAAGAGCUUGGACGAGAUGAAGAUUCCACUGAAGCUCUCCUCAAGAAGCAUGAUGCUCUGAUGGCUGACAUCGAAGCCUACGGAUCGACUAUCGAGAGUUUGGGCAAGCAGGCCUCUGAGUGUGGAAUGCAAGAGGUUCCUGUAGGCGACUUGAUGGGCAAAGAGCUGGUGGUAGCUUUGUACGACUACCAGGAGAAAGCCCCUCGUGACGUCUCCAUGCGUAAAGGCGAGAUUCUUUCCCUUCUCAACAGUUCCAGCAAGGACUGGUGGAAGGUCGAGAUAAACGACCGUCAAGGCUUUGUUCCUGCUGCGUACUUAAAGAAGAUCGAUGCACCAUUGACGGACAGCCAGUCCCACCUCCUGGACCAACCUCUCACAGUGGCAUUACAACAGAAGCGGCUUGAGGAGCAGUACAACAACCUUCUCAAACUCGGUCGUGACCGCCGGGAACGCUUGCAGGGCUCAGUUCAGGCCUACCAACUUGUACGUGAAGCGAAUGACCUGCAUCAGUGGGUUGUUGAGAAGGAACUCCUCGCUGUUACUGAGACCAUCGUUCCUGUGGGACUUGAAGAGGUGGAGUGUGAACGAAAGCGAGUGGACAACCUCAUGGCAGAACAGAAGGAUCGUGAGCAGCGCGUUCAGGAUCUGAAGGACAAAGCGGAUCAUUUGAAGCGCGGUGGUCAGACCGAGGCCGUGGAGAAGAUUGAGGGUAUCAUAAUGCAGUUACAGAAGAAAUACGAACAACUUGAAGAGGUAACUACGAAGAAAGUUAAGAAUUUGGAUGACAUCAACGCGGUGCAACGCUACCACCGUGACUGUGAUGAAGCCAAGGAGUGGAUUGACGAGAAGGAUGUUCGGCUAACUACUGAUGAUGUUGGCAAAGACCUUACCUCGGUCCAACGCCUUAUUCGAAAACACGAUGCCCUUGAGCGCGAUCUCGUUGCUCUUGGUGAUCGCGUCAAGCAGCUCGAUGUAAAGGCUGCCGAUUUAGCACAGACGCAUCCGCAAGAGGCUGAGGGCAUCUGUCAGCACCAGGAGCAGAUCAAUCAAGCCUGGAAUGACCUCACAGCCAAGGCCGAGGCUCGCAAAGCCAAGUUGUUGGACUCCCUCGAUUUGCAGAAGUUCCUUGCUGAUGGACGUGAUCUCCAGUCGUGGAUGAACACGAUGAAUGCCCUCGUCUCCUCCAACGAUCUUGCAACUGAUGUGACCGGAGCCGAGGCUCUAAUUGAACGCCAUCAGGAACACCGCGCCGAAAUCGAUGCCCGUGCCGGCACCUUCGACAACUUUGACGCUUUUGGGCAUGAGCUAGUGGAGAACAAGCACUACGCUAGUCCUGAAAUUGAAAAACGCAUUGAGGAGACCCGUGUGGCUAGAGACAAUCUUCUCAAAGCCUGGCAGGAUCGUGAAAAGGAAUUGGAGCAGAACUUGAAACAGCAGCAGUUUUUACGUGACUGCGAACAGGCUGAGGAUUGGAUGAGUAUGCGCGAGUCCUCCCUUGUCGGCACCAGUGGUGAUGACGUGGACAAGGUGGACGCUUUGAUCAAGAAGCAUGAGAACUUCAACCGUGCCAUUACUGCACAGGAGGCGAAGAUUCAAGCUCUGGACGCCUCGGCAGGUGCCCUUCUCGCUGAGGGUCACUAUGACGCUCUGGGGAUACAGGCGAAGCGUGAGGAAGUCCUCGGACGCUGGGCGGAGCUCAAACAGGCCAUGAUUGAGAACAGGAGUCGUCUGGGCGAUGUGCAAACCUUGCAGGCUUUCCUUCGCGAUGCUGAUGAGAUGGAGAUCUGGAUCAACGAGAAGCUCCAGGCUACUAUGGAUGACUCUUACAAAGAUCCCACAAUUAACGUGCAGGCUAAGCAUCAAAAACAUCAAGCCUUCCAGGCAGAAUUAGCCGCAAACGCAGAACGUCUACAAGCCAUCCUCGGGGCCGGCCAACGCCUGAUUGAGAAGGGUCAGUGCAAGGGUCAGGAGAACGCCGUUGAGGAACGGUUGACCAAAUUGGCGGACCAAUGGGAGGACCUGAUAAGGCGAUCUGAGGAGAAAUCGGCUAAGCUGCAGGAGGCCAAUCGUCAAGCGGCUUACAAUGCCAGUGUGAAGGACAUUGAGUUUUGGUUGGGUGAAGUGGAGGCCUCAUUGGCCAGCCCGGAUUAUGGAAAGGACUCUGCAUCGGUGGAUAGCCUUCUCUCUAAGCAUCAGGUCCUCACUACCGAUAUUCAAGCUCACGAGGAUCGAAUCUCCGAACUGAAUGCCCGAGCCGAUGAGCUUUACGCCGCGGGGGCUAUCGAUGCAGACACUAUCAAGGAACGCAAGCGAUGGAUCAAUGAGCGCUACGAGAAGAUCCGCGCAUUAUCUGAGAAUCGGGCGAUCACUUUGGGUAAGGCGAAGUGUCUGCACGACUUUUACCGUAAUUUGGACGACGAGGAGGCAUGGAUUAGGGAGAAGAAGAUUCUCGUCAGCUCGGAGGACUAUGGGCGUGACUUGAUUAGUGUGAGAAACUUGAAGAAGAAGCACAAGCGCCUCGAGGCUGAGAUUGUCGCGCACAAGCCUGCGGUACACCAGGUCACUCAACAGGGCCAAGAGCUCAUGUCAAAUACGGAGCUGGCUGAUCCGGUGGAAAUCCAAAGGCGUAUCGAUCACUUAAACCAGGCAUGGGAGGAGUUGCAAACCUUGACCGCUAACCGCGACCGCAGAUUGGACGAGUCCUCAGACUACCAAGACUUCUUGGACGCUGUUGAAGAGGAGACCGCGUGGAUUUUGGAGAAGCAGCAUCUUCUAUCUUCCGAUGACCACGGCGACACCUCUGCAGCUGUUCAAGGCCUGGUCAAACAACAUGAGGCCUUUGAAGCUGAUUUGAAGGUUCACCAAAAGAAGUGCGAGGAAAUAUGCCGUGCCGGUAUGGAUUUGAUCGAGCGUGGCAACCAUAACAAAGUAGCCAUUGAGCAGAAAUGCGAGGGUCUUCGCGAGAAGUUGGAAGUGUUGGUGCGCAAUGCAGAGCGUCGAAAGGCCCUUCUGCUGGAUAACCACGCCUUCCUUCAGUUCAUGUGGAAAACAGAUGUGGUGGAGCUGUGGAUUGCCGAUCGUGAGGCUCAGGUGCGCUCCGAAGAUUAUGGACGCGAUCUGAGCUCGGUGCAGACUCUAUUGACCAAACAUGAGACGUUUGACACCGCGUUGGAGUCCUUCCGCACCGAGGGCAUAAAGACUAUAACUGAACUCCAUGAUCAGCUCAUCCAAUCAAAACACGUCCAAUCACAGGCUAUUCAAAAGAGGUUUGAUACUCUAAUAAGUCGUUGGGAGCGCUUGAAGAGUGAAUCCGAGCGUCGAAAGAACGAGUUGCUGCAGUUGCAGAGCCAGUACAAGAAGGUGGAGGAGCUCUAUCUGGACUUUGCCAAGCGUGCCUCCACCUUCAACUCGUGGUUCGAGAACGCGGAGGAGGACCUCACCGACCCCGUGCGAUGCAACUCUCUGGAUGAGAUUCGCGCCCUUGUUGAGGCUCAAGAGCAGUUCAAGGCCUCCUUGAAGCCCGCUGAAACCGACUUUCAGCGUCUGCGCCAGUUGGAUAAGGAGAUCAAAGGCUAUGGUGUUGAAGAGAAUCCCUACACCUGGUUUAAUAUGGUCGCUCUUGAGGAUACUUGGCGCAAUCUUCAGAAGAUCAUUCAGGAGCGCGAUGAGGAACUUAGGCGCGAAUUGGCUCGUCAGGAGCAGAAUGAUCAAUUGCGUCAGGAGUUCGCCGCUGCUGCCAACAGUUUCCAUGCUUGGCUACAGUCGGUACGCAACUCGUUGAUGGAGGGUACGGGGACUCUAGAGGAACAGUUGGAGGCCAUCCAGGCCAAGUCGGUGGAGAUCCGCUCGCGUAAAGUGGAGUUGAAGCAGAUUGAGGAGUUGGGCGCGAGGCUUGAAGAGCGUCUCAUUCUCGACAACCGCUACACCAAACAUAGCACCGUGGGAUUGAGCCACACUUGGGACCAGUUGGAGCAGCUGGUGGUGCGCAUGAAGCGCAAUCUGGAGCAGCAGAUCCAAGCGCGCAACGUCUCGGGCGUAAGCGAGGAGGCGUUGCGUGAGUUCUCCAUGAUGUUUAAGCACUUUGACAAAGACAAGUCGGGUCGUUUGGAUCAUCGCGAGUUUAAGUCGUGUCUACGCGCCCUGGGCCACGACCUCCAGUUGGUGGAGGAAAACCAGCCCGAUCCGGAAUUUGAGGCCAUCUUGGCUGUCGUCGACCCUAACCGAGAUGGCUACAUCACGCUGCAGGAAUUUAUGGCCUUUAUGAUCAGUCGAGAGACGGAGAAUGUGCAGUCUCGAGAUGAGGUGGAGGAGGCCUUCCGCUCUCUCACCAAGGAUGGCACGAAGGAUUACAUCACCAAGGAGGAGCUCUACGCCAAUCUGUCAAAGGAGCAAGCCGACUAUUGUGCUCAAACGAUGCCACCCUACUACACGAAAAGCGGUCAACCUGUGCAGGACGCCUACGACUACAUGGGAUUCACGCAACAACUCUUCCAGAAGUAG